GAAAGUAAAUUCAAAUUAUCGAGCACGGCUUAUUGUUAUCUUUUUCUACUACGUCACGGGUUCUCGUUUUGGACCGGGUGUUGGGAAUGCAAGUGAAUUUGAAAAUACGUGCCAGGUAGAUAUAAAUGAAAUAGGUACAAAGGUACAUUGAGAAUGGAAAUUUGGGUCUGACGGGAAAGGUGAACCAAGGUCCUGGCAGGUGUAUCGAUUUUUUCUCGGGUGUUGUCAAAUCUGAAAUCUGUCAGAAAUAUUUACUCUUCGACAAGAAGUGCUCAAUUCUGAGGCAAGUUUUUCGCCAAGGAGAAAACAUGAGGACACUUUUACCUGUACAAGAUUACUAGGUCAAUAUGAUGAAGAAUCCAUUCUACAAUCUGUCCACUGUCGGAAGUGGGGAGAGCGUCUUUAUUUAUCCGCUGGACGGCUCGGUCACUCUCCUUGGGUCGGGUACCAAAGACUUGGUGGUUCAUCGUCUCCGCCCGCCACCAGGGGGCGUUAAGACCAAACAUGUCGCCUACCACGGAGUGAUGAAGUAUAAAAGCCCAGACGAAACGAAGGAGGAAAAACAGCGGAAAGGGAUUCUGAAGAAUUCUUCAGGAAAUCAGUUAGAUGGACGCGAGGGGGCAUCUCAAAAACUUGACGUGUCUAAGAUUCAGUGUGUUUUAAAGAAAAGGAAAACCUCUGCAAAUGAGAAACAAUCAAAUAGCUCAUAUAGUUCUAAGAGUCAGAAGAAAGUGAAAUUUGAUGACAAACUUAAUAAACUGACUGAACUAGGUAUAAAGUAUAAAGCUAUGGAUCCAGACAUGCGCAGUCAUCCUGGCGAUGUAUCCCACAUCCGGCGACAGCAUCAAAUUCAGCGAAUUCCGGUCAAGUCUUGUCAAACUUCAGAGGUAUUACAUGAUCAGGAGAAAACAUCGAUGAAAAUUUCGGAUAUUUACGACUUAAAAGAUUCCCAUGAAAAUAGGACUGUAUCUCCAAGGUCGCUGUCAAAAUCUACAUCAACCAACAGCGGAAGUUUACAUCGCCGUACGUCAGGGGACUCGUAUCCGCUUAUUGAGACUGAUGCCGAGGAUUUUGUGCGGAUGGAUGUUUGUGAAGACGGAGUAAUUCCAACCUACAACCCGCGUGAAUCAACUUAUCAAGGGGAUCGUGAUUCAAGGAGUGGGGGAGAUAUGACGGAUUAUAGUAACAGGCUAAUUGAAAAUGGAAUCCCCGUAUUUACUAAGACUGGGAAGUUUGUUAGGACAACUAAACUCAAUAACUAUUUUCGUGAGAAAAAAUGUGAAGGUGAAACUGACGAUAGUAUGAAGCCAGACAAACCGAAUUAUCGUCUGCCUUUAGAAUCAAACCGGAAAGACAAAUCAAAUUCGAACCCAAGAGAAAUCAGAAGAGUGUCGUCUGCUCAGAAGUCUUCCAUGAAAACAACGACAAACAGUACUAGUGGUGCUAAAAUUACGCGGUCAAGCGUGAAGCCGUUCAUGUUUACUCGUUACAGUAAAGACCAGGGCGCUCCCCCCUCAUCUCAUCCAGACAUGAACAACAAUAAAAACUUCUGUGAUGAUUUCAAGACUUAUGAUAUCAUAAGAUGGCUAACCAGUGUCAAAGAGGUUCAGUCAAAAGAGGGUUUCUCGAGCUUCCCAAUCGAACACGGUGCACGUCAGUAAACCUUAAAACUUCAUGUGUCAGAUCAAGUGAAUAUGGUGCACUUGAAAACUUCUUAGCCCUGAAUGUGACUGAUAGUUAAAUUUCAGUAUUAUAUUUGCAACCCGGGUGCUUCUUAAGUGUCUCAGUUUUGUAAUAAGUUAUGGUCAGUUGUUUUUUGUGCUUUUUUGUUUUCGUUUUGUGCACUGAUUGUAUUUUUGACAAUUGUUUAUCUUAUGUAGGUACUACUACA